AUGAGGGGUCUUGUUUCCCGGCGGGGACCUCUCUCACCACAGCAGCUACGAGAGUGGCUUGCGUGGCGUACCCGCCUGAGACGUCGUGCUGCUGAAGCUGGAGGUGCUGGUUCUGGGGGUGCUGCUGCUGCGGGUCCUGGGGCUGGAGACCCUGCUGCUGGAGGUGCUGGUUCUGGGGGUGCUGCUUCUGGGGGUACUGGGGCUGGAGGCCCUGGAGCUGGUGCUGUCGACCCUGGAGUUGGAGACCCUGGGGCUGGAGGUGCUGGUUCUGGGGUUGCUGCUGCUGCGGAUUCUGGGGCUGGAGACCCUGCUGCUGGAGGUGCUGGUUCUGGGGGUGCUGCUGCUGGAGGUACUGAGGCUGGAGACCCUGGAGCUGGAGGUGCUGGUUUUGGGGGUGCUUCUGCUGCUGGUGCUGGAGCUGGAGCUGCUGGCGCUGGAGCCCCUGGAGCUGCUGACGCUGGAGGCGCUGGAGCUGCUGCUGCUGGAGGCGCUGGAGGUGCUGGCCCUGGAGGCGAGGGUGCUGCUGGUGCUGGAGGUACUGCGACUACAAGAGCUGGUGGUGCUGCUGGUACUGGAGGUGCUGGUCGUCCGAGCGCUACUGAUCACGGAGGUGCUCGCACUUCGGGUGCUGGAGCUGCCGGGGCUAGUAGUGCUGCGGACCCUGGAGCUGGUGGUACGGCACAGUCGCGCCUGUUCUUCGCUCCGCCGUCUCCGUCGUCCCUGCCGCCGCCUGACACCGUGCUUCGCCAGGUUCUUACCCUCCCGUCUUCUACUGGCCUCCCGUUACAGCCCGGCUCUCCGCUGCCUUCAGAGCGUCAUGAGCCUGCGUCGCGUCCUGUCUCGCCUGUUCGCACUGUUCGCACUGCUCGUCGUGUGCCUCGUCCACGUCCUCCCCCUGCGCCAGGUGUUCACACUAUGGCACUUCGUCCUUCCUCUGUUCCUCUGCGCGUUCCCCUGCCGUCUCCUCCUGCGUCUUCUCUGCCUGACGUCCCGGACCCUGAGUCUGACCUCCUUCGUGCUGCUCACCCUACUGUCACGCGUCUGUUGGCCACUGUUGUCACUGACCCUUCGUUUGAGUCCGCUGCUGCGUCUGCCUUGGUCGCUGAGCUUGUUGACUUUGCUGCUGCUUGUCGUCUCGACUACGCUGCCAGUCUAGUUGCUGAGUCUGAGUCUGUCUGUCCUCCGUCCGUCGGGGGUGAGUGUGCUCUAGGCACGGACGUCCUUGAGGACAGGCAGGAGGACUUUGACUGUCUUGCCGUCGCUGCGCCUCAUCUCGUGGCCAUUUAG